AUGGGCUCAACAACACCUUCCGUGCAUGAAUCUGGCACAGCAAUGGCAUCAUCAUCAGCAUUAGAUAGCCUAAAUUGCAAUCAAUCCCCUCCCAUCCCAUCGACAAAACCUGUGUCGUAUACCUCCCAUCCUAAAAUGCGUGCACUGAUUGAUGUAAAUAACAAGACCAUACAAUUUACUAGGUCAGAUGCACAUGAAUGUUACAUACCCACAGCAAAUGGUCGAGAUCCUGCAAUGUACAAGUACAUAUACACGGACGUAACAGCAGAAAAAAGCAUCACUCAAAGAUGGAGGAAGAAGGUUGGAUCAUGGCUGGCAAGUUCGUUCGAACUUCCGGGUCGAUCUGAAGACUGGAUCAUCGAAUCCUUCCCCGCGAAUUAUUCCUUUGUCAAGAUGGAGGCAACAAUGUACAAAGGACACAACAAUCUUCUUUGGAGACUGUACGGAGGGAAGGCGAAAAUAUGCUUUCAGUCUCCGACUGAAUUCAAUACCCACGCCGAAUGGUUACUGACAAAAGACAGCGAACAUGAACACUGCCUGUGUAAGCGCUGUCACGGUCCAUUCAUUCUACCCUCAACAACUUCCCUGCCAAUUCCUCAAAGCUGGACCAUACUCAUCCAAAGACAGCUGGCUCCACAAUCCCAAUUACUGCCUGGCGUACCAAUAGAAUCAAAGUCUGUUCUUCGUUCCCGCGAUCUGGGAAGAUUGGUGUAUCCUCCCCUUUCAAACAAUCAUGAGGGCUUCCGGUUGCACGAGAUAGCUUUCGUCAAAUUGUCAACGCCAGUUAAUUUUCUUGACGGGCUACAACACAAAGCAAUUGAUGAGUGGCCGGUUCAAGUCACUGAAGUGAAGUGCAAGGAUAUAUCUGGUGAAGAAAGGAGUGCCGAGGAAAACGGAAAUGUGAAAAAUUGUGUUCAAUACAUAGUCACACUACUCGGCUCGGAUGAGAAACUUCAAGUUGAGGGUAGUCGCUUGCGUCCAGCCAUUGGAAGCCCUCUCUUGAACCUUUCGAUCAAGAAUAUCGUUUGCAUGACGGAUGUACAGAGACGGAUAAACGAAACUGAUCCUCAGUCGCUCAAUUUGGAGAAUGAUCAGCCAAGAGCAAGUAUUCGUGACAUACUUUGCUCUUUUUUGAGUCAGAUUCUUGUCCUUGCACAUGUACGGAAUAAAGUUGUUACGACUGAUUCAUUCAACAAUCAGUCGGAUUGGGACAAAAUCGACAAAACAAAGGUGCAGGACGUCACCCUUCCUGCCUUUGUUGACCAAGAGAAAAAACGCCGAAAAAGCGUCAAUUUUGCCAUCUCCGAGAAAGACAAAGUCAGCAUGGCGCCUCCCAGUGUUUUAACUGAGAAUGGUAAUUAUGCGGGACUAGCUGACGACGACGAUAGCAGCUCAAGACGUCGAAGGGAACCACAAAAAACAGCGAUCGUUCCAUUGGCCGAGAGCAAGAUGAUCGAGCAAGAAGACAACAACACAUAUUGGGCUGGAAUGUUUGUUGGCUUCGAACGGGUUUGGGUAGGGGAUGUGGUGAGAUUGAAUUUGGAAGGGACGGACAUCCGUCGCAUCAUCGAUUUGCUCGUUGAGAAGAAUAAGAAUGACUUGAGCAAUCGAAUGGAUAAAUCCGUACCCGACCUCCAAUCCCCUAUUGUGAUGCAAAUCAAAGCUAUUUUCCAAAAGUCCAAAGACACAACAUUGUGUAUUGCCGGAGAUUUGUACCGGAUAGUGAACAAAAAGGAUGCAAACCGGUCAUUCAAAGAGUUCAUUGAAAGGAGUGCCGCACAUUCAGAACAAGGGUACAUACUAGAGGGUUCCCGUUUCCCCUCAGGUAGCACAAAUGGCGGCAGACACAACUACAGCUCAAGCAGCAGCUGUUCUGGUAACCCUGGUCCAGCUUACCUCCCACUUUGUGAAACACUUUGUAAAACCCAACUACCAGGAACGAAGAAUGGUCAAUUGCCGCCAUCUCCAAAGCUUCCCGAGGAUUUUGGUUACCAAAAAGUGAACCAACCCAAUGUCGAAAUUGUCGUUGGAGCUCCACAUAUCGCUGGUCGUCUUUACUGCUCCAUGGUGACAGCCGAAACAAAAAUCGAUCCAAUUACGAGAUUGGCAAGCCGGGUUCGAGAAUUGCAAUUUUCGACACACAGCGCAAACAAUGGCAGUGUGGAUGGCGAACAAAUUCGGAUUCGGUUGGCAGGCCUUCUUCCUGGCUCUGGUCUUACAAUGGGUGUUCAAUCUGUUGAGCCGUUCAAUGGCACCAGAUUGGAAGCUUGGCAGGAUGCAGCUGCCACCGCCGCUGCGAGCUUGGAAGCACAUUUGCAGAACGCACGAAAGAAAUCAUUGACCGAUGACACGAAUUCCAAACAUACCAUCACUGAUCCUACGACUGAAACUCGCAAACGUAAAUUGCUCGAUGCAGAUCCAUCAGAGAAUGAUGGAUUUGUGAAACGAAGUAAGGGUGAGGAAAUCAAAAUAACCCUAAGCCCUGCUGAGCACAAAAUUAACGUGAAGCCAAAAACUGAUUAUUCGCCUGCGUCCACUUCACAGGCUGACACCAAGAUGGAACCUUUGGACAAUCAACCCAAAGCGGAGCCAUACAAUCAACCUAAAGCCGACCCCGAACCAAAGCAAGAGGAUUCGAUGAUAGAAAUAAAACCAGUAGCUGUUCAGACAAAAGUGGAAACAGCAGAAGGACAACACACAAAAAUUCACGAUUUUGCUCCGCCUGGAUUCCUUACAAGGAUCGAUGAGAAACGACGGCGAAUAUACUACAUCAAUCCCAACACACGAGAAUCGGUAUGGGGCAGAAAGGUCAAGAAAGAAGAGGCAAAAUAA